AUGAUCAGAUCUAGAAAAUAUCCAACAAGAGAUGGAUGUUACGACGAUAGAAGUUUAGCUACAAAAGAGAGUGUAAGAAUUGUGAAAAACGAUCAUUGUCAACAAAAGUUAAGCUAUGAGAGACAUCCCAAACUUGAAAAAAAAAUGUUCACAUACAGCUUUGCCACUGUCACUGUUGCCUUGGUAGUCUGUGCGUAUGGCCAUGAUUGUACAAAAUAUAGCCUGACACCGUCAGACCAAUCUUUAAUUGAUAUGAUGAAGCAUUACUUGCAUACCUCACGGAAAGCUGACUGUCCUGUAACACCUUCACAGUAUGAUAUUGGUGUGACAUAUGUCAGAUGGGGAAAGAAAACUUGUCCUGGAAAUACCGAUAUUGUUUAUGCAGGGCAGGCUGGAGGUAACUAUUAUACUAACAAAGGAGGAGGUUCUAACUACCUCUGUUUACCCAGUGAUCCUGAAAAUGGAAAAGAAUACUCCUAUGCAAAUGAUGUAUUAUAUGGUGCCGAGUAUGAGAUAGCUUCCAGCACUAAACCAUCUGGUUUAUCUUCUACUUUGUCGAAUAAAGAGGUCCCGUGUGCUGUUUGCAGGCGGAAGCAAAAAAUGUCUGUUUUAAUGAUAGCAGGAAGGAAGUCAUGUUACAAAGGAUGGAAAUCUGAGUACAGUGGCUUCUUGAUGAGUGAAAAUAUAGGACAUAACAUUAAAGACUAUAUAUGUGUGGACGGAGAGGCGGAACCAUUGGAUAAUCGAUCGUCCGACGAAAAUGGUGCUUUAUUUUAUCCUGUCAGAGCGAAAUGUGGUAGUCUGAGAUGUCCCCCAUACAAAGAUAAUACAGAAGUACUUUGUACCGUUUGUACAAAAUAA